AAUUCCUCAUCAAUUACAUAAUUUUCCGCCUUCUCUUCAUCUAUAAAAACAUAACAACCAUUGUCAUAUUAGCACAAUAUUCACCGUACUUUUCAUUGACCAACAUUUUCUUAGUGUACUUAGAACAACCUCAUAAAUAUCUCCCGUAUUCAGUAAAUUAGUUGCAUCUUUAAUCCAUUUUCUUCUAUAUAUCCAAUUCAUCACAGAUCAUAAAUAGUCUCACUAAUUUUUGUACUGUUCAACGAACAAAAAAUGGGGAACGACAAAGAAAUUGCUCGAAACAUGAAGAAUGGAGAAAACUCAGUGAAACUCAAGUACGUCAAGCUUGGUUACCACUACUUAAUCUCAAAUGCAAAGUAUCUUUUCCUUCUUCCACUUAUCAUAGCCCUAGGUCACCUCUCGCUUGAAGAUAUUGUUCAACUCUUCCAACACUUUGACCUAGGGCUCGUCUCCGGUACUCUUGUGUGCACGGCCCUUACUGUGUGCCUUAUCACGCUCUACUUCUCAUGGCGUCCUCGAGAUGUUUAUCUUGUCGACUUCGCUUGCUUCAAGCCGAAGCCUGCCCUAAUGUGCAGCCGUGAGACGUUCAUGCGGCAGACUGUGCAAGCGAGUGCCUUUAGCGACGAUCUUAUAGGGUUUCAGCAGAAGAUCAUUGAGAGGUCAGGCUACGGACAAAAGACAUAUGUACCACAGGCAGCGCUGGAGGACCUGCCAAUGGCAACGAUGGGGAAGGCAAGGGAGGAGGUUGAGAUGGUUGUGUUUGGAGCAAUAGACGAAUUGUUGGCUAAGACAAAAGUCAAUCUCAAGGAUAUUGGGAUAUUGGUCGUCAACUGUAGCUUAUUCAAUCCUACACCAUCUCUUUCAGCCAUGGUUGUUAACCGUUACAAGCUCAGAGGGAAUAUUUUGAGCUAUAGUCUUGGUGGGAUGGGUUGCAGCGCUGGAAUUAUUUCUGUUGACCUCGCAAAACGAUUGUUACAGGACCAAAGGAACUCGUAUGCCCUAGUGGUGAGCACAGAAAGCAUGACCCUUAACUGGUACGGUGGCACAAACAAGUCAAUGCUCAUCACCAACUGCUUGUUCCGACUUGGCGCCGCCGCAGUCCUCCUAACGAACAAAUCCUCUGAACGCCGCCAUUCCAAAUACCAACUCAUGCACACCUUGCGGACACACAAGGGCGCGGAUGACAAGAGCUACCGUUGCGUGAUGCAGCAAGAAGACAACAACGGAGAAGUGGGCGUCAAGCUCUCAAAGGAUCUCCUUACGGUGGCCGGAGACGCCAUCAAGACAAAUAUCACCAUGUUAGGCCCCUUAGUCCUCCCAGUAUCGGAACAAAUCCUCUUCUUGGCUAAUCUAGUGGGGAGGAAAGUACUGAGGAUGAAGAUCAAGCAGUACGUGCCUGAUUUCAAGCUAGCUUUUGAGCAUAUUUGUAUCCACGCCGGUGGCCGAGCUGUCCUUGAUGAGAUUGAGAAGAACCUGAAUCUCACGAAAUGGCACGUGGAACCUUCUAGAAUGACGCUUUACAGGUUCGGAAAUACUUCUAGUAGCUCUCUUUGGUACGAGUUAGCUUACACGGAAGCCAAAGGUAGGGUCCAGAGGGGAGAUCGGGUCUGGCAGAUGGCAUUUGGGUCGGGUUUCAAAUGCAACAGUGCAGUUUGGAAGGCAAUCCGUUCUGUUAAUCCGGCCAAGGAGAAGAAUCCCUGGACCGAUGAAAUCGAUGAGUUUCCCAUUACAGUGCCCGAUGUGCAACCCGUUCUAGCCAAUUAAGUAAUGCGUAAUAAUAAUUUUAUCAUUACUAUAUCAAUAUAUAUAGAAGAAAAGAAAUAAUGAUAUGAAUACGAAUACGACGGAACUAUUAACAGUGGUUUUGGGUCCCAUCAAUUUCAAAAACUUGAUGCUGAUAUCAUGAUCCACCACUGCAAUAUCAUGUGUUAUUUUGUUUGGAUUUUCCAAUUAUUACAAUAAAUAUUAAUGCUAGAAUAAAAAUAUAUAUAAGGUUGUUUUUCUUCUA